UUUUAUUUUACUUGUGUUUUUAAGAAAUUACAAUCAAAUUUAUGUUUGUUAAUAAAUGAAGACUCCUCGAAAAUCGUCAGGGAACAUGAGGAAAUAUUAUCAGCUGAUUCUCGUCAUAGUGUGUUGUAUCAGUAUAGUUACAUUGCUCAUCUACCGCCACGAAUACUAUAGGCUGAGGUAUGUACUCGAAGUGCUCAACUUUUUCGGCAAACCCGGCCUUUCGGAGAUUGAGUUUUGCGGUCCCGGGUUUAACGCGACGAUGCUCUCAGAGAUACUGCGGAACUCUUCAAUGGAGGUCCGUGAGACACCGCCACUGUUCCAAGAGAUUGAUGACAACUUCUACUCUUACUCCUCAUUUUUAAGAUCUUAUCAGAAAUACGAAAAACUCACGCCGACCCACGCACACAUAAUAGACACUAUAGUUAUAGGAAAAGCGCAUUUUAGACCUAACUUUCGAUGUAAUAUUUGGCUGGAAAACUUAGCUACACCAAAAGCGGGCCGAUUUACUUACAAAGUCAUGUCUGAACCAAUUAAUGAAUACCGCUUAUAUGUGUUUGAAUGCUCUUUGAAUCAAAAUUUGGGUAAACCUAAAGGUGUAAGUUUUUAUCUCAAUGAUUACAACAUAAAUCCUAUUCAUGCACCAAUAAAUAGGUUAAUUCAAGUCAAUACAAAGAGGAAAGUAAGAAAGAACAGUAGUAUUAAAUUUGUUAAUAGUAUAGAACCAGCUGUGUGUGUCAUACCAAACCAGGUACCGUUAGUUGCAAGAGACUCGUUUAUAGAGUUCUUAGUCUUUCACCACAUGAUGGGAGUGAACCAAUUUACGAUAUAUGACAGCAUGAUGUCCGAAGACAUAAUCCGGAGGCUCAACUUGUUGCCUGCAGACAUCACACAAUGGAACAUUCAAUUCUUUCCACUCAACUACCCUUUCAUUUUCGCGAAGUCAUACAGCAUAAUAAGAAACGCCAUAGAACUUGAUUGUCUGUUCAGACACUUCAGAAUUGACAAAGAAGACACUGAUAAAGCAAGUCAUGUGAUGGUACUAUCUUGGGAUGAGUUCAUGGUACCAAGAAUUCAUACCAAUUUGAAAGCAACUAUUGAUGAUUUUGAUCCAAGAAGAAAAAUGAGAUCUAUUAAAAUACAGCCCUUACUAUUCUGUUUGAACCAAGCUGACGAUGAUAACUCUGAAGUUGGACAUCCUGAUAUCAUGAGGAAAACUCACUAUUUUAUGUUGCAGCAGGAUCUGAAGUCAGUAUAUAUCAGGAAUUUAGAUUCUAUGACAAGUUUUGAUGACAUAUUUGAACUAGGCGCUAGUGAAAUAGUACCUUUGGAAAUACUAGGACUGCAUAAGUAUAUGGUAUGUAGAGAUCCAAAGAGUUACCAUACAAACGGUGCGGGAUACAAUGAAACACAAAUGCAGGUGUUCCAGCACAAAUUCGAAGGUGCUAUGUUGAAGUUUGAUCAAACCUUAGUGACAGAUAAGGUGUACAGGUUGUACCGUUCCGGUCAAAUCUGGGAAAAAACAUCAAGUGAAACUGUAAGGGACAUGUUGUAAAACAAAAUGGUUAGUGAAUUGUUUGUUGAACAAAUCCAGGAAAGAAGGAUAACUUAUGAUAAUUAAAAUGGUGUUAAUUCUCAGCAUUUGAGGGUCAAAGUAUCAUAAAAUGUAAGGGUUGUGUUGUGUUGAACAAGCAGUAAGAUUGUACAAGAUUAUUUUUUUAUUUACCUAUAGCUAGAAUAUUUUUAUAUGUUGUGAGCAAAGUUAGAAUUUAACUUUAUGUUUAGAGUAUUAGGCUCUCUUUCCCUCUCUAUUGUCUAUUAUUUUUCCUUUACAUUGUAGAAGUACCUAUUGGAUAUUUUAUUUUUCUUUUUGUGUCCUGUCCCCGGUUACUCCUUACAAAAAUCUAACGCGCAAGUGCGAGGGAGACAAACGCUCCGCAAGUUCCCCCUGACUCCUUAGUGGAUUCGGCCAUUUAAGACUAAAACAACACUCAGAGGGGGUGAGAUCCGCGCCCGAUACCAAUUGGUGUGGGGCAGAGUUACCGUUCUCUACAUAGUAGUAAAUUAUUCUUUAUUUAUGCUUAUGUAUCGUUGCAUUUAAGACUAAAGAUUAUAUUUUGGAUUGUUGAUAAUUUUGAAAGUAGUGCCUUGAUUGUAUGAGGGUGGUUGAGAAUUUUUUGACUGCAAGGCAAGUGCAAUACUACAGUUUUCCUGCAAUUAUGAAGUCCUACAUCGAAAAUGGUUGCACAUUCUAGAUCAGUCAUUCAUCAUUCAUAAAACAUAUUUUUGGACAGUUCUAAUAAUUGUAUACGGACUAGUUUUUCUGCUAAAAUGUGAAAAACCAUUUUUUAAUUAUCUGUCCAAAAUUGCUCUAAGAAUUCAGUGUUGCUAUUGCCUUGCAGUCAAUCUGGACUGUAGAUAUACGAAAAAAAAUAAGAUAGAUCUGCACAGAUUAGAUACCGAGGCUCAAAGCGAGUGCGGGAAAGUGGAAACAUCACAAAAUACCCGCACUCCGGAACGUUCCUGGUACCGACUUUAUGUGCAAUGAGCUUUAAAUGAAAGCUGAGGUAUGGCUCUAAAUUUAUCCCAUUUAUACCUUCUCGCGUAAACAAGACUGCUUAUUAGGUAAAUAUUCAUGUAUAAGCACAUACUAUGCCGGCCGAGCUUACGGAUGACUAUUAUUAUAAUUACUCCCAUGUAUAAUGGUGCUAAUUCCUAUACACACCAUCUAAUUUUAUUUUAAGUUAAACCUGUCAUUUUCUUAUCCGCUGAAAAAGAAAGAGACGGAACACGCGCCAAUUUUAAGCAGAAAUCUAAAACAACCUUCUGAAAACGUUACAUCGGCCAAUAACCCGACAGAAUUAGUUGACAGCACACGUCAAACGGGUUGCAUAUCAGCGAGAUGCCUAUUUUAGGCGCCAGGUUAUUCAUUCAUUUCAAAAUUAACAGUUGUCCAUCGUCCGUCCCUUUCCUUUUUAACAGACAAGAAAAUGACGGGUAUAACUUAAAAUAAAAUUAGGAGGUGUCUUCAGGGAUCGGAACCAUUGGUAACCUACCCAUAAUAAAAGUUCCGCCAAGAACUAUUUUGCCUAUAUUAGUAAUGAAUUAAUGAUAAUAUUAAUAAUCAUAGUUACCUACUCAGUGAAUUGUUUAUUGUUAGUUAUUAGAAAUUCUUAAUUAUAGCAAUGACUAAGAGUUGAACCACAUGUUUUGCCGCCCCGACGGUUCGGUCGCGUGCGGUCGCAUUGUCUCGCUCUAGCCAAUGACAGUUCUAAGUGACAAAAAAGAAUAGAGAUGUAGUUCAACCCUAACGUAUAAAGCAGGAUAUUAGUUAAUAGUUACGUUGUAAAACGAUGGAAUUCAGAGUGUGCCUGCUCUAUUAUAAAAUAGGAGAAUAUCUAAAUAAUUUAAAUAGUCCUAGACGAGAUCUAAAGCUACUGAACAUAACACGGCCUUAUGUACGGUUACGAGUACUAAUAUGUAUACACUUUGAAACCAUGUCACAUUAACUUUUUUGACAAAUUAAAUCGUAAGUCUCAUUAAAUGACAAAUAUGAUAGUGCGACAGGGUUCUAAAGUGGGUACAUGAUAUGGCCCGCUGUUGGUCAAAUCAAACGUAAGAAACACCCGUAAGAUUAACUCGAAAGUUCCUCCACUCGACUCGGCCUCGGCUGAGCAUUUUGGUAUUUUAAUUCGAGAAUUUUACUCACUGAAGUCAUGCAUAUAUUGUCAACAAAAUAAUACGUCGAUAAUGACGCCUCCUCCUCAUGCCUCCACUAAACCUCACUGGAGUAAACAGGAAGUAAGGUUGAGGCGACGCGUAAAAAACGGAUUUUGAACAGAGUUUGAGGUCUUCCUUCGAGGAAGGGAGUUAACAUCUUAGGGUCAUCUUACGGGUGUUUUGAAAUAAAGCUUCUUUUCAUCGUUAACCCUUUCAAUGCUAUGGAGGUGUGUGUUCGUUCCUAAAAAUGUCAACUUAUAUGUGGUGAACGAAUUUACACUUUCGCUUAAUCAGUAUGUGGGACAGAUAUUUUAGUACAACGCCGCCGCACAGAAAGGGUCAACAAAGGUCAUAUAUUAACGCAAAGUCCACAGGACGAUCUCAGUCUCGAGCCUAACAUUUUCUUAACAUAAUGCUCUUUGGUCACAAAUAAAUCUAGUCUUAAGUAUUGCCAAUAAAUUAUAACUCACUAAACAGGGGAAUUAAAAAGGCCACAUCAAAGCUAUUCAUCUAGAAAAGCAAUAUUGCAAUCUGACAUUUGCUCAUAUAAAAGUAAGUGCGCAAUGCAAACAAAUGACAAAUAGCAAUAUUGCUUUUUUAGAUGAAUUGCUUCGAUGUCGCAUUUUUAACCCCCCAGUUCUGUGUUCACAAUCCAAAAUUUACUCAUUCCUACUUCAAACAAUAAAAUGUUUUUAUUACACGAAUA